AUGGUGCCUCCGGUGGCAGUGGCGACCAAUCGAGUUCUCCAUCUCCAUCUCCGCUGCCAGAUUAAUUGUAAUAAGGUUUAUGUAGACGAUGUUGAAAAUCCACCAUUCACAAAUAGCCACGGUGGAAAGAAUAUCGUGUUCUUGAACAAGCAUUCUCAUCCUAGGCCAGGAAAAGGCUUCACCCACCACUGUGAGAUUUAUGGGCGGAACCAUGUUGAAGCUUUUCGAUUCUCUUCUCUUGGUUGUAUGCUUGGUGGCAUGAAACGUUGGGAUAGCAAGUUGAGCUUCACGUUGAAGAUGAACCAUACCCAAUUAAUCAGGACUCGACCACCAAAUUUGUUGCUCUAA